AUGGGCGUUUCAACUAUUGGAAAAAUUGUACGUGAGACAUGUGAAGUAUUGUGGACAAUUCUUCAGCCCAAAGAAAUUGUAGUGCCGACCAUGCAAGAUUGGUUAGACAUAGCAGAGGGGUUUUAUAGUAAAACUCAGUUCUCCAACUGUGUAGGGGCUGUAGACGGGAAACACAUCCGACUAGAAAGCCCCCCUAAAAGUGGUACUUUAUACUACAACUAUAAGCAUUUCUUCUCUAUAAUACUCAUGGCAAUCUGUGAUGCAAACUAUUGCUUCACAAUUAUAGAUGUGGGGUCAUAUGGCAAGGAGAGUGAUUGCAACAUUUUUAAGAAAUCGUCAUUUGGAAAAAAAUUAUACAAUGGUAAAGUCAAUUUUCCCCAACCUCAAUGUUUACCAGAAGAUGAUGGUGGUAUUCCUCAACCCUACGUAAUAGUAGGCGACGAAGCGUUUGCGCUUCAUAAAAACCUUUUACGCCCUUUCCCCAGAAGAAGCUUAAACAAUGAACGGCGUAUAUUUAACUAUCGUUUAUCAAGGGCGAGACAGAAUAUAGAAUGUACGUUCGGUAUUUUGUCUAACAAAUGGAGGGUUUUUCAUACAGCCUUAUUAGUAGAACCAGAUUUUGGAGUUGCUAUUACCAAAGCGUGUUGUGUUUUGCACAAUUUCGUUAGACGCAGAGAUGGAUUUUAUCCCGAAGAUACAAAGACUUGUGAUAUGGAGGAUGUAAAUCAAAAAAUAGGUGUUGGGAACUCGACAUCUGUUGCAAAAGACGUAAGAGAUUAUUUUGUCGAUUAUUUUAAUCAGCCAACUCAUGAACUAAGUUGGCAAAACAAGGUGAUAGGUAAUUAG